AUGAUGUCCAAAGCAACUGACUCUGCAACUAAACUCAAAAAAUCACAUGGAGAUGUACCGGGAGAUACUGUAGGCUUGGCACAAAAGAUGUAUCAGCUUAAGAAGCAAAUUCAGGCAGAGAGAGUGAUGUCAGUGAAGGAAAAAAUCGAGCAGAAUAGGAAGAAGCUAGAAGGUUACGUUUCAGAAAUUUCAUCAAUAAUUUCAAGAGAAGUUGAGCUAAAUGGGAGCUCCAGCUUGCUUAAUUCAAGAAUUCAACAUCCUCCCUGCAAAUUCAGUGGCUUUUCUAAAGGAUUUGGUGAUAAAGAUUAUAGUAACAAUGAAGAGGAGUUACUCUCAUCAAGUAUUGAGCUUCCAAAAGCUCACAAGAUUGAUCCUUAUACAACUUGGAUAUGGUUGGACAGAAAUCAGAGAAUGGCUGAGGACCAAUCUGUAGUUGGGAGGAGGCAAAUUUACUACGACAAAGAACAUGGCGUUGAAGCUCUAGUCUACAGUGACACUGAUGAUGAGAUGACAGAACCUGAAGAAGUGAAGCGUGCAUUUUCUGGAGGAGAAGACCGAAUUCUGUUGAUGGCCUUUCAGGAGCAUGGGACAGGAGAAGAAGUAACAAAAGCUGUAAGCCAGUUUAUUGGAGCCACCACUUCGGAAAUCCAGGAAAGGUACAUUACAAUCAAGGAGCGGGUCUGUGAGAAACGUGAAUCAAAAGAUUCUGGAGAAUCUGGAUCAAAUAGGCACAUUUUUCUUGAUAAGAGUCUCAGUGCUGCAUUAGAUUCUUUUGAUAACCUUUUCUGUCGCCGUUGCCUGAUUUUCGAUUGCCGUCUGCAUGGAUGUUCUCAACCUCUAAUCUAUCCUAGUGAAAAGCAGAUGCAUUGGUCAGAACAUGAUGAGGAUGAGAAGCCUUGCAGUGAUCAAUGUUACCUUAGGUUAAAGGCAGUUGAGAAUCUGGUGGAAGGUUCACAUAAUAAUACUCUGCCCAGGACCAAUGUAACAAAUUCACAGAGAGAAAGUGCUCCAACAUCAUCCGUUACAGAGAUUAUACGUGAUGAAAAUUACAUUCCUGGAAAAGAUGAGGCUGUCACUUCAGAACGUAUUCAUAGAUCAGAUGUCUUUACAGGAGCUUUAGGUUUGGAUACAGAUAUGAUGAUGACUCACAAUGAAAACACAGGGAAAAGGAAGGUUGUAGAGUACACUGAUAAAGAGGCCCAUGACCAAACUAUACUGCCGGAUGAUUUGGAGGGGUCUUCCAAGAGACAGAAGAGAUUAGAUGUCUUGCAUUUAGUAACUGGUACUAGUACACCAAUCGCGGUUCAUGAUCACUCAACCAGUUCUGAACAUGGGACCUCAGAUGCUGGUUUACCCAAUAAAAAUGAACUUGAACUGGCCAACAAAAAAUCCACCGGACAUACUUCAAAGGAACUUGUAUGUUUUGGUAGUUCUUCCUGCGAUGAAUCUAUGGAUGAUGUGAAGGAUGAGCCAAAAGAUGUAAUAGAGGUACUGAAGCAACCAUCCAAAUCUACAGAAGUCCAAGUUGAAAAGAAGUGUGGCAGCAGCUCUGAGUGGAAGGCAGUAGAGAAAGAAUUAUACAUGAAGGGGUUAGAGAUAUUCGGGAGAAACAGUUGCCUCAUAGCCAGGAACUUACUUUCUGGCUUCAAGACUUGCUUGGAAGUGUCCAUUUUCAUGCAUGAUGCUGAAGCUUCAAUGCCUAAUAGAUCUGUUGGAUUCAUGGAAGACAAUGGCAAAGCUGACACGGAUCAGAGUGAACACGAGAUGCGGACAAAGUCACGAUCAUUUCGUAGAAGAGGCAAAGCACGGAGGCUUAAAUAUUCUUGGAAGUCUGCUGGUCACCCAUCAGUCUGGAAAAGGAUUGCUGAUGGCAAAAACCAGUCCCGCAAACAAUAUAUACCAUGUGGGUGCCAGUCUACAUGUGGAAGGCAAUGUUCUUGUCUGCAAAAUGGAACCUGCUGUGAAAAAUAUUGUGGAUGCUCAAAGAGCUGCAAAAAUAGGUUCAGGGGAUGCCACUGUGCAAAAAGUCAAUGCAGAAGUCGGCAGUGCCCAUGCUUUGCCGCAGAUCGUGAAUGUGACCCGGAUGUCUGUCGCAAUUGUUGGGUUAGUUGUGGGGACAGUUCAUUAGGCGAGCCACCAAAACAAGGUGAUAGUCAAUGUGGAAACAUGAGGCUUCUUUUAAGGCAACAACAAAGGAUUCUCUUGGGUAAAUCUGAUGUUGCUGGAUGGGGAGCCUUUUUAAAGAACCCUGUAAACAAAAAUGAUUAUCUUGGAGAAUAUACUGGUGAACUUAUCUCCCAUGAGGAAGCAGACAGACGUGGGAAGAUUUACGAUCGUGCAGACUCAUCAUUCCUUUUUGACUUGAAUGAUCAGUGGGUCCUGGAUGCUUAUCGAAAAGGAGACAAGCUUAAAUUUGCAAACCACUCGAAGAAACCUAACUGUCAUGCAAAGGUAAUGCUGGUGGCGGGAGAUCACCGAGUAGGCAUAUUUGCCAAGGAGCAUAUUGAUGCUGGUGAGGAGAUCUUCUAUGAUUAUUGUUACCCACCAGAAACAGAAAUCCCAUGGGCUCAAGCUGAGGGUACAAAGAGGGAUGAUUCAUCUGUCUCCCAAGUCAGAGCAAAGAAACACCAAUCUCAUUGAAUGCAAAAUUGGUUUGGGAUGUACAUACUGAUCGAACAUGAGACAUAUUUCGACUUUGGGGGGCUUUAUACAUGACAGCAGUUGAGGAUUCUUUGUAAGAAGGUAUGCCAGCUGCUUCCCUCCGGGUUAAAUUGGCUCUACAUGUUGAUAUGAUUAAGUGAUUAAGCCUGCUUCUUGAAUUCAGAAAGAUAAAGAUCAGAGUCAUCAGACAAUAAGAUUCUAUUGUAAAUAAGGCUCAUUUUAUAAAUUUGGGAAUUAAUAAGCUAGAUAUUCUUCAAGCAGUUUGAUAUUAUACUUGUGCAAUUGACAAUCUUCUUGCAGAAGCAUGUCGUCAUGGUAAUAAAUGGAAUUGCUCUGUA